AGUUUAUUUAUUUUAACAGGAUUAGGUUUACUAAUUUAUUUUAAAAAUGAAAAAAUCAAAGUAGAAGAAAGAAAAGCUGAAGAAACCAAACAAAAAUCGAUUGGAAAAGUUAAGGUUGGAGGUCCAUUUGAGUUACUUAAUGUUGGGAACGGUCAAAGGUUUAAUCAAGAUGAUUUAUUAGGAAAAUUUAGUUUGAUUUAUUUUGGGUUCACAAAUUGUCCUGAUAUUUGUCCAGAAGAAUUAGAUAAGAUGUGUGAUGUUGUGAACCGAAUAAAUCAAGAUCAAUUCAAGGUACCAAUCCAACCGAUCUUUGUAUCAGUAGAUCCAAAUCGAGACACACCAGAAGCGAUCAUUCAAUACUUGAAAGACUUUCAUUCGUCUAUGAUUGGUUUAACAGGGUCCUAUGAAUCGAUCAAAAAGAUGUGUAAAGUGUAUCGAGUUUAUUUUUCAACUCCACCUAAUUUAAAACCAACAGAUGAUUACUUGGUAGAUCAUUCAAUAUUCUUUUAUCUUAUGGCUCCUAAUGGAAACUUUGUAGAUGCGUUUGGUAAGAUCUUUAGUAAAGAUGAAGUUUAUACUAAAGUCAAUAAGUAUAUGAAUGAAUGGUCAAAUGGAAAACGGUUUGGAGAAGAAGAAGAGUAA